CAUUUUAAAUUCAUUGAAUUCUGCUGCACUUAAGAGUUAAGCUUUAAAUGAUUGUAUUAUUGCUAGUUUAAAACCUUUUUUUCAAAUAUUUUCAUUGUUAUAGCAAAUACAUGGUUGUGCAAUUGAACUAACAUCAUUCAGUCACACUUUUAACAAACCUGAUUAAAAUAAAUAAAACAUAAUCACCGUAUUAGUUAGAUCAUCAUUAAUUUUCUGUACCUCUGACUGCAUGUGCUGAAAAAAAAAUUACAAAAUAUUUCAUAACACCUUUAAUAUCACUAAAGAAGUAAGGUAACACCAGUGACAAAAAAAUGGUGUAUGCGGUUUUUAAAUACAUGCACACAAAAAAUAAAAAAUCAUUAAGCUGUAAUUUAUGUGUACUCAUAAAGUCAAAGGGUAAUCUAAUAAUGUGGUCUAAGUUUAAAUUUUAGAAAAAGAAAUCAAUUUUAAGAGAUCUUGCCAUACCAAAUGUGGACGUUUCUGUAGAAUGACCAGCGGGAAACUUUUUGGAUGUUGGUGUGCGAUUAGAAGUUGGUUCAGCCAGCUGAGUUAAGGACUAAACAAGGACAAGAGAUGCCUCUACCACCUCCUUUUUUUUUUUUUUUUGUGGUUAAGGGAGUGAACAAUAAUAGUGAGAGAGCACAGUAAGAGUAGAGAGAGGGACAUAAAUUUAGGUAGCUAUGUUUGUGCGUUAAGGGUUGGGAUUGUGGGAGGGGAUGAAUUUGGGGGUGACAUUUCUUUAUAACACCCAGUCUGUCCCUUCAGUCCUCACUCGGACUGUCCCAUUUUCUUUCAGUUCUUGCACGCUGUGAACUCCAGAAACACCAUGUCAAGUCUCCUUGAAUCAAUAGUUACGGUGAUUACAGUCUUUCACAAAUACUCAGAAAAGGAGGGAGACAAAAAGACCCUGAGCAAAAACGAGCUCAAGGAACUUCUCAUAAACGAGAUGGGACCGAUCUUUGAGAACGCCUCUAACCCAGCCAAACUGGACAAGAUUUUUAUGGCUCUGGAUGCAGAUAAAAAUGGCACUGUGGACUUGAAUGACUACAUCAUCAUGGUCACCAGCAUUAUUAUGCUUUGCGAGGAGACCUUCCAAAAAUAUAAAUAAAUAUAAAGUAUAUUUAUAAUACCAUGAUAAAUUACUUCGCUUUUAUAACAGUACAGAAUACUAUAUUAAAAAAAAAGAAAUCUGCCUUAGUGUGUGAUAAGAAGCCACUUCAGAUCACAACAACUGUUAUUGUCCCUCCAUUCUAAUAUUAAGCUAACACUAAAGUUAACAACACAUCUCUCCAUUUUCUCUAUUCGAUACGUUUUUUUUUUUUUUUACACACAUUGUAUUUUUAUUUUUAUUAUCCCACUGGCAUUUCAUUUGAUUUAUUUUGGUGUAAAUUUUUUUUAAUUUAUUUUUUAUUUUUUUUGUGAUCAGACAAGUUGCAAAUUACUACAUUAAUAUAAACUGCAUUAAUCUUUCUUGGAUCUCAUAAAAUAUAAAAAUUUCCAUUAUGUGUCUCCAUCUUGUGGUGGAACUUAGAACUCUUUCUUGGGCACUCGGAGCCUAAAAAAAUGAACUUUUAUCUCAAAUUCAAAGAAUGUUCAAGUUCAAACUUAAUCUCACAGAAUGGAUUUGUUUUAUAACAUUCACAAGUUUCAUUUAUUUUUAAUUUCAGUUCACUCAAUGCCAAUGCAAAAUGCCUUUUUGAACAAACAUUAGUGCACAGUGCAUAAAUUGUUUUCCAGAUUCUUAUGGCGGGAUUGUGGUUUAUAUUUUAAGAACAUUUACAAAUAACUACUGUAUGUCUUACAAACACCGCAAUACCAUACAUUACUCAAUUUUAGUAAUAAUGUUGAUGCAAUUAUGUGCUAAUCAUCAUUUUUGUAGGUUGAGGUUUGGGGGCUGGGGCUGUCUCUCAAGGCUCUUGGAAUCGUUCUAAACUCUAAACUGUUACUGAUUCUGAUGACUUUAUUCAUUUGUAACAUUUGUAACAAGAGAACACAUCAAAAUAAAUAAAUAAAUAAAUACAUAAAAUAAAAAUAAUGG